UUAUAAAAUCUAAAUUUAACAGAUAAUAAUUAAGUGCUAACAUUGUACUUGGCUGGUCAGAGUACAUUCAUUUGUUAAAUAUGGAGGUGUGAUGGAGGUGCGAUUGUCGAAAUAUUGUGUUUUUCGAGUUAGCGGUUUCCAAGAUUUUCGAGAUGGCUGGUAAUAAAAUUAACACUAAAUAUAAAGGGAAAGAAGACAAGUCUAAAGUGGCUAAAGGUACCAUUCAAACAUCUGAAGAAGCAGAUGACUUGGAUUACACAUUACUCAGAAAACCUAUUCUUACAAGUGUGACAGGCUUGGCUCAAGCCAUAAAAAUAUUUGAUUUUGCUACAGAAGAACUAAAAAGUUUACUAUCCACUGAAUGUGAUUUAAUAUAUGAGUGUAAAGUAUGUCGAAAUUUAUUUAGAAGCUUAGUUAAUUUCAUAUCUCAUAAGCGUAUGUAUUGUAAAGACAAGUUUAACUCUUCAAUGCAUAGUCAUUUUGUGAACCCAACUUGUAUGAAUAAUGAAAUUAAUAAAAUAAAACAGCUGGAAGAUGAAUAUCAAGAAUCUUUGAAGGUUACAAGUAAUCUAGAAUCAGUUGAGACAGAUGAAACUGAUGACCGUAUACCACUUACAAAAGAUUUAACUGCAAUAGUAGAAAAAAUAGGUAUAAGCAAAGGAGUUAAAGAAAAUCCAAAUGAAGACCAAGAGUUGUUCCUACAAAGCAUUCCGAAGACUUCUGUUGCUGUAUAUCAAAAUUUUAAUGUUAAUAAUGAAACUAAUUGUGAUAUUCGUACCCAGGUUAAUGAGCUUGAUAAUAUUCUAUCUCAAAAUAAAGCUGUUUUACAACAUGAUGGUAAAGUUAUUAUACAAAACUGUAUUGAAACAAACACUACUAAUGGAGAACAUGAGAAUAUUAUUCAAAUUAGUGAUGACGAUGAGAACGAAGAGACCAAUAGCCUUAAGUGUAGAAUAUGCGACCUUCAAUUUUCGACACUAAAGACGCUGAAGUUCCAUAUGAAGUAUAAACACUUGGAGAGCCGACUGGUCUACCCCUGUCCUGACUGCUUGGAGAUAUUUUCUACCUCAUGGAGUGUUUACAGGCAUUUAUUUAAAGUUCAUAGAAAAACAGCAGCACAAAUAAGGAGACUGCGAGAAUCGAUACAAGCAAAGGCGUUCAGAAUGAACAACCCGCCCGCCUUCUAUGAGAAGAAGAAGAGAGAAAACAAGAACAAGCCGUCUACACCGCCUAAGAUUACCGAAGAAGAGAGAUUGGAACAAGAAAAUCAGGCAUGGAUGGACAACAUGGAGGGCGACGGUGAGAUCCCGCGCUGCGGCGGGUGCGGGCGGACGUUCGAGCGGCGCGCCGCACUCGCUGCGCACACGCACACGUGUCAGCCGCGCUGCAGGGCCCUCGCGCGCCGCGCCGACACCAAGAAGAUCGAGAUACAGAUCCGCAAGGACUACAACAAGGGCCCCUCCGGCAUCGCUCUGCCCGUCAAGACUACGGAUAAUAAUGAUAACAAGCUUAAUAAAGAAGAAAUUAAGACCACACCGAAACCGAGUUCGGAAUCAUUAAAACUAGAGGAAGUAACGCAUGAAUCUGCAACGAUUAUGAGGAAUGAACCUACGGAGACCCCCGUCCCGCCGGAUGCAAAACUAUUUACGGAAAGAAGAAUUAAUAUAACAAUAAAUAAUUCUCAUAACUUCAGACCGAAGUUGCCACACGCGCAACAAAUCGAAAAAAAUAAUUUAGCGGCUCUAAGGCUUAGACUCCAGCCCGAUACGGAUUUGGAAAAACUACUCUGUAAAAAGUGCGAUACCAGACAUAGUCAAAUACUAGAACUAUAUGAACACAUGGCCGGUCACUACAAAUGGAUGAGAUAUGCAUGUAAAUUGUGUAAUUUUAAAAAUUACGGCUUCGGCAAUUUACUAGAACAUGUGAAAAUAGUUCACAAAUUAAAGGGUGAUUCAGAUUUUUACUAUAGUACCGUAAAAGCGAUAGACGCGAACCAAGCAAUAGAAUUGGCUGAACCUGUAGAACAAAUAGUUGAUACAAAUGAAGCUAGUCCAGAUUCUAGGCGGACCAGCCGAUGCUCCAGUGACUCCAGCCGCUUGUCCGACGAGAGCUCUUCAAGUAGUGUUCGCAUUGAAGGAGCUAAGAAACGGAAAAUGAACUCUGGAAGAAGUAUUCCUAAGAAAAAGAAAGAAAUAAAUGAUGAAAGUAUGGAUAAACGUUCAAAUAGUGCACUUUCCGAAAAAGAGACUGUUCCUGAAAUAGAAUACGUAAAUACCAAAAUAUUUGAAGAGAACUCUUCAGAUAUAGAUGAAAUUGACGAAAAAAUUCCUAAGAAGAAAAUUAUCGGGGAAAAGUCGUCCAUGGCAUCGAGGAGGCCGAUUCGGAAACGCACGAGACCAAAAAAUGAAGAUUUUGAAUACGAUCUAUCGAAUUUGCUCAAGUUGGAAGCGCAAGGAUACAGGGAUUCUCAAAUUAUAGCUACCAAACCUCCACAAAAUAAAAGGAAAAGUCAAAUUGAUAUUCAAAAUAAUUACGAAACGGUAAAUAGAGAUUGUUGUGGGGCUCUACUUGCUUUAUCGAAAAAAUCCAUAGAAAAUGCAGCGGCACACAUGAAAGUGCUAAGUUUUACUAUGAACAAUAUUCAAAAAGAGCAGCGCCCCUCGAAUGUUUUUGUUCGACCCAUGAUACCAAAAGUUGCGAAGGCUGAUAAAACAUCACCUAAAAAAGAUUCUCUCGAAUCUACUAAAGAAGUGAUUAUUGUGAACAAAAUAACACCAGAGAUAAAAACUAGCACUACUGCGACUCCAGUUAAAGAAGUGCAAGAAAAAAAAGAAACCAAUGAGAAACUUGAAACAAUUGUAAUAACUUCACCUGAACCAACCUCAGAUGAAGCAACUGUGAUUUCAAAUGAUGAUAAAAAUAUUAAAGAUAAUGAGAGCUGCAAAGAAGUGCCUGCUAUUGGAAAUGAAACUGUAAAAACAAAUUCAAAUAUACCAGUUGUUCCUUUAAAAUUGCGCCGUCAAAGUGUAGACAUAAUAAAAAAUCCAAUUUUAAGUAAAAACUAUACUGACUUUUCGAAAGUCGGAAUGAAAACGAAAAUUCUUGUUAUUAAACCAAUAAAUAGAAAUAAAGAUGGAACACAGACAAUAAAAGCUCCAUUGAAAUUUCAAACUAUUAAAUUGAAAGAUCCAAACAAAGGUAAUUCGUCAAAUGAAGAGAAAUCCAAAGACCAAGUUGUUGUAGUGCAGGUGCCUAAAGUUGAUUGUGCUGUGACACUGCCUUCCAUAGUAUUGCCUAACACUCCCAAUACUAAUAUUAUGGACAACACAAAUAUAAAGGUAGAAGAAAUUGUUGACGACAAAAAGAAUGAAAAAGAUGCUGACCAGGAGAUGGUCGAAUGAGAAAGAGUUCUCUCUUUCUGUAAAGUAUCUAAAAUGCUGUUGCAUUAUGUAUCUUUUCUAUGCAACACAGUAAUUUUCCUUUGUUGUUUUAAGUUUUUCGUUAUAUUGUACAGCUUUCUACAUAGGUAGGUAGGAAAAAGUAAUAAAAUUAU